AUGGCAGUACACUCUGGUACUUGCUAUUACCAUGAAUUUGAACAGCAACUCCUGCAAAAGAUAAAGAGUAUUAAAAUGUGUUCAGAAUUGAAGGUUAUUCACAUCCUGAAGCAAUUAGAAAAGACAUUUAGUGAUAAGAAAGCUGAUAUCUAUCUAUACUAUAACUAUGCAAAACUAAUAGCUUCAAAACUUGGAUUGCAAACUUGCACACUUAAUAGAGAGGAGCUUCUCAACUGUUUGGCUCACAUUUAUAGGAAUCAUCACAACAUUAACUCAGUCAAGACCAAUAACAGCAUCUACCUCUGGUUCCAUUUGGCAAAUAAACUGGCUAGAGCUGAAGAUGCUUUAGACAUUUACAAAUUCAAACAUCAGCCAAUUAUCUCUCUGGUUGCAAACAUGAGAAUAUUCAACUUUAACUGA